AUGCCUGAAGUUGCAAAGGGAAACUCCAGCGAAACUGUGGUUAUUCAAGACAAGAAGCCCCAAAAUGUGACAAUACCGAGGGUGACUGCAGCAGCAGUUGCGUCCAGCCACCUGGAGGUUGUUCCUGUGGCGCCUAGGCUGGCCCGGCUGACGCACCUGCUGUCUGCAUGUGCUUAUAACGAGUGGGACGAGGAGGAGGAGUUGAGAGGGGGUGAAGGGGAGGGCGAGGAGGGAGAGGGAGGAGGGGAGGGAGGAAGUGGGAGGAGAGGAGCCGGUGGGAUGGGAGGAGGAAUGUAUAAUGGAGCAAGGGAGGGUGUAGGAGAGGGAGGUAAUGGGAAGAGGGGGAGACGGAAAGGGUACACGUGGCAGGAGCUGGUUGGUCGGGUGCAAGCAAGUGAGGAAGAGAUUCGAGCUGGUUUGGAGGCUGCUGGUGCUGUGAAGAUCGGUGACACGUGGCGCGGAGUCGACCCUGGAUACCUCGCCUCGCUCCUCCACCUGCUGCUGCUGACGGCAGCAGCCAAUGACUGGCCGCCACGUGCCAUUCCCGAGGCUGCUGCCGUGGCUGCCAUGUGCGGGGAAGGGGGAGAGGAGGACAGGGGAAUGGGGGAAGGGGGAGAAGGGGAAGUGGAGGGGAGAAAGGGGGAAGGGGGAGAUGGGGAGAGGAAGAGGAGGGAGGGCCCGAGGGCAGAGCUGGUGAGGCAUUGCCUAAAGGUGUUUGGUAAGAGGAGGAGGAAGGGGAGGAGAGAGGAGUGGGAGGAGGCAAGGAGCGUCAGAGUGGGGGGAAGUGGAGCGGACGCGAACGGUGGUGGGGUGGGGGGAGGGGUGGGUAGAGGAGAGGAGGGGGAGGAAGGAGAGGAUGGGAGGGGAGAAGGAUGGGAGAGUGGAGGAGGGGAAGAGGGGGAGUGCGUGUGGUGGGAGUUGGAUGAGUGCAAGGUGUGUCGCCACUACGCCAGGCAGCUGUUGGAAUCAGGUACCUCUCUCCACCCCCCACUCACGUCCCUUCCCCUGACGUCUAACUGA